AUGAUUACAGGGCAGCUGAGCAAGCCGCUGCUCUCCCUGCGCAGCGAGAUGAGCGUGGCGGAACUCCGGGCCGAGGACAAAGCGGCCACCCCAGAUAGCGAGCUCAACGACGAGUCCCUGCUCCUGUCCUCCGAGGCCAGGGACAGUGAGGACAUUCCCAACAAGCUCUAUGGAGCCCGUGAUGGCUCUGUCCAGUCUGAUGCCAGCAGCAGCCCGUCAGAACAGAGUCAGCUGGGACAGUGUCACCCAGCCUACCCGGUGGGUCCACAGUCUCUGCUGGUGGCUCAGCAACUAGCCCAGCAGCUGGCCGGGGGGUCUCCAGGCCUGAACCAGCCCAUCCUCAUCCCCUUCAAUACAGGCGGCCACCUGGGAGGCCAGCAGGGGCUGGUGCUCUCGCUGCCCACGGCCAACAUCCAGGGCCUGAUGGCUGCAGCAGCCGCACAGGGCAUCAUGACCCUUCCCCUACAGAACCUGCAAGCUACCUCAUCCCUGAACUCCCAGCUUCAGCACCUGCAGCAGCUUCAACAGAUACAACAGCACCACCAGCAGCAACAACAGCACCAUCACCAACAACAGCAACACCAUCAGCAGCAUCAACACUCCCACAGCCACGUCCACAACCAGCUGUCGUCGCGGGGUCACAUGACCUCGCCCAGCCUACAGCCGUCCUCCGUCUCAGUCCCCUCCCCUGGCUCCGCCUCCUCCACCACCUCCAUGACCGGCUCGGGCCAACCCCCGCUGUCUCCGCCGCUCAGGCAGAACCAAUCACCGGCCCGAAGCCUGCCCUCGCCCGUCACACCGCCCAUGCCACUGCAGUUGAACCCUCUGGCCAGCCAGGCUGCGGUGGCGGCAGCAGCUGCAGCUAUGGGCUCUAUGGCCGGAUCCCAGGUCUUUGGCAACACCCUCUCCAACCUGCAAGCUGGAGUCACGGGGCAACUGGUCACUAAUGCACAAGGACAGAUAAUUGGAACGAUCCCACUUAUGCCCAACUCUGGGGGGCCCUCGAGCCAAUCAGGGGGCGUAAACCCAGCGCUGCAGGUCCAGCCAAUUACACCCCAGCUUCUGACCAACGCCCAGGGCCAGAUCAUCGCCACGGUGAUCGGCAAUCAAAUCCUGCCUGUCAUCAACACCCAGGGAAUCACACUGUCACCAAUCAAGCCUGGACAGCAGCUGCCUCAGGCUCAGCAUGUUCAGACAGGCCCAUUGUCGUCUCAGCCCAACCUGCUCCACAUGCCCCACAGCCAGAGUCCUCUCCGCCAGGCCUCUUCCUCCUCCUCGUCCUCAUCUUCCUCCUCUGCCCUCAGCGUGGGCCAGCUGGUCAGCAACCCCCAGACGGCCGCCAGCGAAGUGGAUGGGGUCAACCUGGAGGAGAUUCGGGAGUUCGCCAAAGCGUUCAAAAUCCGCCGCUUGUCCCUGGGGCUGACCCAGACGCAGGUGGGUCAGGCACUCAGCGCGGCCGAGGGCCCGGCCUAUAGUCAGUCUGCCAUCUGCAGACACACCAUCCUGAGAAGCCACUUUUUCCUACCACAGGAAGCCCAAGAGAACCCUAUAGGUAGCAGUCUGACAGGCAAACUGAACCCUGGCCUUUUAUAUCCUGCCAGGUUUGAGAAGUUGGACAUCACCCCAAAAAGCGCCCAGAAGAUUAAGCCGGUUCUGGAACGCUGGAUGGCCGAGGCCGAGGCCCGCCACCGGUCCGGCAUGCAGAACCUGACCGAGUUUAUCGGCAGUGAGCCCUCCAAAAAACGCAAGCGGAGGACCUCUUUCACCCCACAAGCGCUGGAGAUCCUCAACAGCCACUUUGAGAAGAACACGCACCCCUCUGGACAGGAAAUGACCGAGAUAGCCGAGAAACUGAACUAUGACCGCGAGGUGGUCCGCGUCUGGUUCUGCAACAAGAGGCAAGCGUUGAAAAACACAAUAAAGCGGUUGAAACAGCCCGGUGACCUGGACCUGGACCUUGGCCCGACCGCGCCCAUGGACCCUCUCUCUGAUUCUCUGGAAGAGCUCCCUAAAUGA